AUGAGCGGCAGAGGCGACGCCGCCUCCUCGGCGCGGGCGGAUGCCGCGGCCAUCUGCACCCAGAUCGCCGCCGUAUUCUCCGCCUCCGCUGACCCCACCGCGCGCUCCGUCCUCGUCUCCGAGCUCGCCGCGGCGGCCGCGCGCGGGGGGCGCGUGUUCGUGCACGGCGUCGGACGCGAGGGCCUCAUGAUGCGCGCCCUCUGCAUGCGCCUCGCGCACCUCGGCCUCCCCGCGCACUGCGUCGGGGACGUCACGGCGCUGCCAGCCUCGCCGGGCGACCUCCUCCUCGCCUCCGCCGGGCCGGGCGCGUUCUCCACCGUCGACGCCAUCUGCGGCGUGGCACGCGGCGCCGGGUCGCGCGUCGUGCUGCUCACCGCCCGGCCCGAGGGGGACUUCCCGCGGCGCCAGGCCGACGUCGUGGCUCACCUCCCAGCGCAGACCAUGGCUGACAACGACGAGGAGGCGGCGGCGGCGACUACGGAGAGCUCGCGGGCGAAGCUGCCGAUGGGGAGCCUGUACGAGGGAGCCAUGUUUGUGCUGUUCGAGAUGGUGGUGCUGGAGCUCGCGCUCGUCCUGGGCCAGAGCCCGGCCCAGAUGAGGGCGCGCCACACAAACUUGGAGUAG